AUGGUCCUCUCCUCCACGCUGACGGGCAGCUCCGUCGUCUACGAGGCGCGCCCGGCGCGCGUCAUCCACCUCAAGACGUACGACUGGCCGACGUACCAGAUCAACAUCUGGCUCUUUGUCAUGCUGCUCGCGGCCUCAUCCAUCCUCGGCGUCUUUGCGACCUUUAUCCAGACGCAGAUGCAGAUGGGCCUGCCGGUGCCGUGGUACUUUCCCUACUACGUCACCGUCGCCGCCGUCGCGCUCGCGUUCCUGCUCGCCAUCAUGUGGCUCAUCUGGUACAAGCGCCUGCUGCCGGCCAUUGUCAUGAUUGGCGCCUUUGCGCUGUUUGUGCUGUGGAUGGUCGGGCUCGUCGCCAGCGCGGUGCAGCUCUGGGGGCCGGGCGGCGUGCAGAGCGUGUGCAACCUGCAGGUGUUUAACCAGAGCCCGCACGCGCCGGACGUGCAGACGCUGGCGUGGAUGCAGCAGCGCAAUAUCUGUCAAACGUGGUAUCUGGUCUUUGCGAUGGGCUUGACCGGUGCCAUCUUUCUGAUUUGGGUCAUGAUUAUAGCGUAUCAGGUAUUUGUUCGUUCAUAG